AACUGUAGUCCUUUACUUACUCGAUUCGGUCCCGUCGAAUUAUUGAUUCUUGGAAAUCCACAUCCAAGUUUCGUGCCUCAGAACACUGAUCCUGAGAAUCCUUCCUCGAAGGAACCUUAACAACCCUCUGAACCAAUAACCAUGCUUCUAUUUCUUGACCUCAUCGUCCCAUUAACGUUCGUUCUUCUCUCUACCCACGAGCGCGGCGCAGAGCCACCAAUGAGGGUCCUUAGCUUUUUAUACGGCGAUCAGCGUCUUCGAAGCCUCAACCCUUGCUGUGCAUUACUUAUGUUUCUUGCUCGCAUCCAACUUUGGUCAAAUUCUAUGAUACCACCCCCAUCGUACACACAAAACACAGCGUCGAUAGUCACUCCAGAGACAGAAACAGAAACAGAAAGGCUUUUAGGUCAGUUGCACAUGCAGAACAGUCGUGAAGGUAUAACACUUUUCAACUUGUCACGUGCACAUUCUACUAGUGCGCAACGGCACCCCUGAUGCCUACUAAUCUUUAUCUUAACUUGGUUAUACUUUUGCGCGCUGUAUCGCACCAGGGCACGCCAUGUGUCGACGCAGGGUCGGAAUGUUUGUCAAGCAAUCUUCUCGUAC